AUGGACAGGAUCUUCGCUGCCAGCCAACAGCAGCAUAAGUGUCAGGAGGUGCGGACUCACCUGCACUCUACCUUGAGGGAUCUGAUGAAAGCCUUCGACACGACGAAUCACGCAGGACUGUGGAAAAUCAUGCAAGAAUUCGGCUUCCCCGCGCGAUUCACUCAGAUGAUGUGUCAGCUCCACAAUGGUAUGACGGCGCGCGUCAGAGAAAAUGGAGCUGUCACAGAGGCAUUUGUAGUGACGAACGGAGUGAAACAGGGCUGCGUCCUCGCGUCUACCCUCUUCAGUCUCAUGUUCUCCGCCAUGCUGAUGGAAGCCCACCAUGACGAACGCUCCGGUAUCCGCGUCGCCUUCAGGAGGGGUGGCCACCUUCUCAAUAAACGGCGAAUGCAUUCACAGUCGUGCGUAUCAACAACUCCAGUUCGUGCGCUCCUCUUCGACGAUGACUACGCUCUCAACGCCACCUCAGAAGAGGACAUGAAGAAGAGCAUGAACCUCCUUGCAGCUGCGCGUGGAAAUUUCGGUCUGCUCAUCAACAUGGCGUUGACGGCGAUUGUGCAUCGACCGCCGCCCGAAGUUACCUUCGUGGCACCUUAA